AUGCCAGCAUGAAGUGGAUGGCUGGUUGGACAAUCUUCAUCUUCAUGGCUGGUCUCGUCUAUUUCUGUUCCGGUAAUCCUUUCUACAAGACGUGGAACGUGGAUUUUCAAUAAGACCGCAGCUGGAGGAAUGCCAUACGAUACUCUCUAUAUGACGAGGUACUACAACUGGCUGAUGGACUUAAUUCCAUGGACGAUUGCCAACGAUUUCAUGGAACAUAUUGUUUCACGAAGAAUGGACCAUGAUUUGUAUGGACUUCGACCGAAUCACAGGUUCUUCCAGCAACAUCCAGCAGUUAACGAUACACUAGCAAAUCUGAUUUGUUCUGGAUUCAUCACAAUAGCUGACGAUAUCGAUACCUUCACUGAAGAUAAAGUAAUCGUGAAGAAUGGUAAAAGCUACGAUUGCGACGUCCUCAUUACCUGCACUGGAUACACCUUUGGAUUCCCUUACCUGGACAAUAAAAUCAUAAAUAUUGAGCAUCAUGAAGUGCCCUUAUACAAAUUCGUCUUUCCUCCUAACAAUUCGAAUCUGGCCGUAAUUGGAAUGAUUCAACCGAUUGGAAGUAUUGUCCCCAUUUCCGAAAUUCAGGCUCGUUGGGCAAUGAAGGUAUUUCUCAAGAAGCUCAAGCUUCCUUCAGAAAAUGAAAUGUGGGACGAUAUAGCUUUGAAGAGGGCAGCAAUGAAGCGAAGAUAUUUCCAAAGCGAAAAACAUACGAUACAGGUCGAUUAUAUAAAAUAUAUGGAUGAAAUUGCUACAAUCCUUGGCUGCAAGCCAGAUCUUCGAAAGGUACUGUAUUUUUUUCUUAUAGUACUGGAAUAUGUCAUGGAAAUUGGCUUGGUCGCGUUGCACGUGCUCGCAACCCUAGGGGGAGUGGCCAAACUUCGUUUCGGUGAAAGCGAGUAA